AUGAACUCUCAUCUCUCGAUCACAAAGCGCCCCAAGCCCACCAUCAGCAAUAACAAUCACGCUGCCGUCGAUGCCCUCCGUUUCAUCGACCAGAUCGACUUCUACCUGUGGCAAGCCAACAACAACGAGGAAACCGUUCUCUUCCGGAUCCCAUCAACACUAACCAACGCCCAACAAGUAGCGUGGUACAACAAGCUCCUAACCUCGAUCUCACCGCGGCCUCUGACCCUCCUCGAUCUCCGGCGGGCGCUGCUAACCGACUUCGGCGUGGAUGCAAAGACCGCACGCACGGUGCUGGCCCGCUACGAUGAUGCGGGGUACAUCCGCAGCCAGGGCUUCAAGCUGGUGAUGAGCUAUAUCGACGAGAUCGAAGCGGCAAAGGAGCGGGAGGUGAAGAUUCUGGCCGACAGGGACAACGCGGACCGCAAAUGGAAGAGGGUCCUCGUUAAGGCUGAGAAUAGGUACAAGGCUGAGCUCAGGGAGAAACAGAGGCUUGUGGAAGCGCUGGGGAGACGCGUGGAGGAGCUGGAUCUGGCGGUCAAGGGGCUUACUGCCAUUGUGGUUGCGAAGGAGGAGAGGGAUAUCGCCGCUGCUUGGGGAAAGUAUGAAGCGGAGUUGAAAGCUGCUGGAGAGAGGUUUAAGGAGGUGAUAAGCGGGAGAAGAUCGAAAGGCCCCGGCGCCGGUGGGCAAACCGUGUCUCCAACUCUACCGAUCAGCUAUCGUCGUGAAGAAACACCUUCGGACGGCGAAGAUGAGUUGGAGGAGCUGCUUUUGGGAAGUUCUGUGGUCAGCAAUAGGGAGACUCCACGAAACUCCAUGUCGACGCUCGGCGGACAUCCGUUGCGCAAGCUCCCUCAAAACGAACGGCCGAGAGCGAUUCGAAUGCGCUCCGCGAGAGUGAAGCCGUACGUCCAUAUUGACAUUAGGGAUCGUCGGGGGACGGUGGAGGGCCAGCAGAGAGAGUCUUCCGGUUGA